AAUUCUUUAUGUCAGACACUCGGGUUAGUCAGAUGUCCUCUUGACUUGACAAGAAGUUGCUCCGAAAUUCCCUUUCAAUUUGAAAAUAUUUUGCAUGAACGUUACAGUCAGCGAGCGGAAUAAUGCACUUUGUUAAAUUUUUGUCCUAGAGGUUAUGCGAGUCACAAUCAAGUCUUUUGCACUUUUCAAAUGAGCAACUCUGUGCUCUUACAUUUCCAAGAGAGGGCAGAGAACAAGCAGCCACGAACUAAUGUUAAUUCAUGUUCCCAUUAUUAUCUUUUCGUAUAGUUGAUUCAUUGUAAAAGCGGUGAUUUUCAAAACCCCGCAAUCAAGCACUAUGAUCGUGUUUAACCGUAUUGUUCGACUGAAUUUGUGGAUUCUGAGGCACAUGUCGAAGAGAGGAUCACAUACGCAUCCAGUACACUCCAGACUUGUGUUGGGUAUUGAGACGAGCUGCGACGAGACAGGGGCAGCGGUUAUGGAUGAGUCGGGGACGAUUCUCGGAGAAUCAUUGCAUUCACAGAAAGAGGUACAUUUGAAAACUGGUGGAAUAAUUCCAACCGUAGCCCAGCGUCUACACAAGGAAAACAUCGCGAGAGUUGUGCAGGAGGCGCUGGACAGGAGUGGCGUUUUUCCCAGUCAGCUGUCUGCUGUGGCCACAACGGUAAAGCCAGGCCUGGCCCUGAGUUUGGGGAUCGGUCUGGAUUUCAGCUUGAAUUUGGUCAGGCGUUAUGAGAAGCCUUUCAUUCCGAUCCACCACAUGGAAGCUCACGCUCUAACCGUACGGAUGCUUCACGCGGUAGAUUUUCCCUUUCUCGUCCUCCUCAUCUCCGGAGGGCAUGCACUUCUUGCCUUGGCCAGAGGAAUUGACGAUUUCCUCCUCUUGGGGCAAACUCUAGACGAAGCACCAGGUGACACUUUAGACAAGGUAGCUCGUCGAUUGUCUCUGAUUAAUCAUCCAAUGUGUUCCACUCUGAGUGGAGGACAAGCGAUAGAGCAUCUGGCAAAAGAAGGUGACCGGUCCAAGUUCUGGUUCAGGUCCCCUAUGGGCCAACACUACGACUGCAACUUCUCUUUCGCUGGUUUGCGAAACCAGGUGACAAUGGCUAUAUGCAAAAAAGAGGAAGAAGAAGGUGUGCAAAAAGGGAAAAUGUUGUCAUGUGUGAAUGAUAUAGCAGCCGCCACACUGCACACAGUGGCUUCCCACAUAGCCAAACGGACACACCGGGCUAUUCUGUUCUGUAAAGCCAAAAGUCUUUUACCACAAAACAACCCAACUCUGGUGGUAUCAGGUGGAGUGGCAAGUAACAAGUACAUCAGAGAGACUUUAAAAAUUGUCACAGAUGCCACGGAAUUGCAGUUACUCUGUCCCCCGUCGAAGUUUUGCACUGACAAUGGUGUAAUGAUUGCAUGGAAUGGUGUGGAGAGACUGAAAGAAGGAAAAGGGAUAUUGUCACACGCUGAGGAGGUCACGUAUGAGCCAAAGGCUCCUCUCGGCGCCGAUAUUACUUCAGAAGUAAGAGACGCGGCUAUCCGAGUCCCGCCAUUAAAACUGAGGAUAAGAAGCUGA